CAAAUCCUGGUGCUUGCGCUCCUUGAUCCUGGUUCAGCGAGGCCCGGUAGUCACGUCAGCAAACCUAUCUAAUCAGCCGACGAAAUGCCGAAGGACGUGGGGGGGAAUUCUUCGGACUGCACAGGGUGAGACUUGCGGGGAUCAGCCCAUGAGCAGGAUAAUCCACAGAUGCGUGUAUCCGGGGUUGCCCCAGGUGUUUGGCCCUCCCUGGCUCUUGUCGCAUCUAUUUAAGUCCCACUCUUACCAGUGCAGGAGAGACCAAUUUUCUUUCCUCUCAAGAAUCUCGUGCGUGUUUCUUUCUUGGUUGCCUGAUAGUCGAGGCAGGCUCGAGUUAGAGAGACGCCUAUCAAAAUGCAGGGACCAUCCCUUCGCUAUGCUCAGAUUUUCCUGGUCGCCCUACCUUCUUUCGUCCUGUUUGGGUACAACCAGUCAGGCGUAGGUGGUCUGGACGACUUCACCUCUUGGAUCAGACAAUUCCCCGCAAUCGACACGGUCAAUACGACGGGGGCUCAAGAGAAUCACAAUGCUACCGUCCAGGGUGCAGUGGUGGCGUCCUACACAAUUGGUGCUCUUAUCGGAGCUCUUUCCUGCACUGCGGUGGGAGACAUUCUCGGUCGCCGCCGUACGAUAUUUGUGGGAGCCUUGAUCACCUUGAUCGGUCAGGCUCUGGAAUGCACGGCUUUUGUGCUGGCUCAGUUUAUCGUUGGUAGAGUAAUCCUCGGUGUGGGAGUUGGUAUGCUGAGCGCGACCGUACCCGUCUGGCAAUCGGAAUGCUCACCUGCUGCUCAACGUGGACGAAACGUGGUCCUCACGGGCAUGUUCAUCGCCCUGGGGUUCGCCCUCACCCAGUGGGUUAACUUCGGCUUCUACCACAUGCAAGCCUCGUCCGCUGCAUGGCGAGUGUCGCUUGCCAUUCCUGCUAUCUUCUCCUUCAUGGUUAUGGGCAGCAUUUUCUUCCUUCCCGAAUCUCCCCGCUGGCUGGUCAUGAAGAACAGGUCGGACCUGGCUCAGCGGACGCUCGCAGCCCUGCGUGGCCAAGAGCUCGAAUCGCUCGAGGUCAUUGCCGAGCUUCGCGCCUUCGAAGUAUCUUUGGAAGAGACCUCAAAUGGUAACAUGAAGUUAAGGGACAUCUUUACCAUGGGCGAGGAGAAGCUCUUCUACCGGUUCCUCUUGUGCAUCGUCCUUCAGUUCUUCCAGCAGAUGAGCGGUGGUACGCUGAUCUCGGUAUACAUUCCGACGAUCUUCGAGACCAACCUCGGCCUCGGAUCAAGUCUUUCCAAGAUCCUCGCGGCGUGCGCGCUGACGUGGAAGUUCCUCUGCUGCUUCGUCGGCUUCGGCAUCAUCGACCGCAUGGGACGACGCACAGCAUUUAUGGUCAGCGGCGGCGGCAUGUCCGUGUGCAUGCUAGCCCUGGCAGUCUCCAACUCGUUCAAGGACAACCACACCGCAUCAAUUGUCUCGGCCUUCUUCAUCUUCCUGUACAACUUCUUCCUUCCCGUCGGCUUCCUGGGCGCCAAUUUCCUCUACCCGGCCGAGGUUGCGCCCGCGCGCCUGCGUGUUGCCAUGCAGUCAUUCGCUAUUGCCAAUCAAUGGUUGUGGAUGUUCGUGGUCGCCAUGAUCACCCCAGUCGCCGUCAGUGAUAUCGGCUACCGCUACUACAUCGUCUACACCGUCAUCGCCGGCAUCAUUCCGCCUGCCAUCUACCUCUUCUACCCCGAAACCAAGAACAGGUCGCUGGAAGAGGUCGACGAAAUCUUCCGCGACUCGCGCUCUAUCUUCGAGGCGGUCUCCAUUUCCAAGAAGAAGCCGGUUGGGGACCGCGUGGCGGAGCAGUUCAUGGAGAAGGCUACCGUUGAAGAGGUGGAGUGACGGGAAUAUAAAAGAUCGAUAUAAUCGUCUUCAAGGCUGGUUGGUUGUCAAUAGAUUGUAUAUAUGAGUUAUGAUUGAGCAUUGAGUGAUUUGCUUCCAUCAUACCUUCAGCUGUUGUCUAGUUCUGGUGCUUCUGGUGACCACUGGAUGUUUGUAACACUGACAGACUGGCUCAUGGUGAGUAAAGUUCUUGACAAACUGACUGUCAGAUCUGUCGAUCUUUCGUGAUAUGUGGC